AAGAAAGAGAAAUCAGUAGUUUCUGGCAGAAGAAGAAAGAAAUGAUGAGCCAGGAAGAAGAGAUGGGUAACAGGAAAAAUAAGCAAGAAAAUGAUGAUGAUGAUGAUCAUGAAAACGACAUGGUGAUGCCGGGCUUUAGAUUUCAUCCAACGGAGGACGAGCUUGUAGAGUUCUACCUUCGCCGUAAGGUAGAGGGCAAGAGAUUCAAUGUUGAACUCAUCACUUUUCUUGAUCUUUAUCGUUAUGAUCCUUGGGAACUUCCUGCAUUGGCAGCAAUUGGAGAAAAGGAAUGGUUUUUCUAUGUUCCAAGAGAUAGGAAGUACCGCAAUGGGGAUCGCCCAAACCGUGUGACAACUUCCGGUUAUUGGAAGGCCACUGGAGCUGAUAGAAUGAUCCGAACUGAUAAUUUCCGGUCCAUUGGGUUAAAGAAGACCCUCGUUUUUUAUUCUGGAAAGGCUCCCAAAGGCAUUCGAACAAGUUGGAUCAUGAAUGAGUAUCGGUUGCCUCAACAUGAAACUGAAAGGUUACAGAAGGCCGAGAUUUCACUGUGUAGGGUCUACAAACGAGCUGGAGUAGAAGACCACCCAUGUCUCCCUCGCACCCUCCCAACGACUAGGGCUUCAAUAUUAUCUGCAAGAGCUUCUAAUGCGGACAAGAAGCAACAUUCAAAGAAGUUGUUAAGUUUCCAGUCCUGUUUGGAACAACAACAAGGCCAAAGUUCAAACCAGCAAAAUGACGAAAAAUUAAGCGAAACGAGUGGUAGUAGCACCACGGACAUUGUUGGAACCGCUCUUGGCCUCUCCAGUCCUAUCAACCCCUCUAACUACAACAACUUUAUUACUUCAUUUCCGCCCAUCACCACCACACUUCCACCACAUGUACAUCUACAUACGGCCUCUUUGGUCUCCUCCACGUCCUCCUCGGUAUUCCCAACCACUGUUGAUGAUCUUCACAGAAUUCUAAGCUAUCAACAAGCUUCUGUCAAUAAUCCAUCAUCUCAGGCUUUUCAUCAUAUCCAAAAUUAUCAACAUAAAAUUUCUACUACUUUUCUUCCACAACCACAACCACAUCAACUGCCACCACAACCACAAUCACAGCAUCAACUGCAAAUGCAACCGCAUUCACAAGGACUUGUUGCUCUUAAUAACAUGGCAGGAGAGGUUCACGUCACUUUUCCUGAUAGGUUUUGGGAUUGGAAUCCCAUGCCCAGCUGCGAGGGAAGCAAGGAUUAUACCAACUCUUUCAAGUAA